AUGUCCUUCAUCACCCGCCUCACAACCACCGCCCGCACUGCCGCCCCGUCGGCCAGAAUUACCACAAACACAAUCACACCAUCUCUCGCAGUCUCAGGGCAGAGACUCGUCUCGUCGACGGUCCCGCGCGACAGCGGCCCCGUCGACGCCACAAAAGAGACUCUCAAGAAGGCCGAUAGGAAGGUUUCGGAUGCUGCUGUGAAGGGUAUCGAGACUGGCGAGGCCGCCGCGCAGAAGGUCAAGGAUUCUGUUGGAUCCGGCAGUGCUAAGGGCGAGGCGGAGAGGAAGGCUAGCGAAUUGAAGGGUGAUGCUGAGGAGUUGGCCGGGAAGGGGAAGGGGAAGGCCGAAGAGAUAGCUGGGAAAGGGAAGGGGAAGGCCGAGGAGGUAGCUGGUGAGGCGAAGGGGAAGGCUAAGGAGGCUGCGAGAGAGUUCAAGUCAUGA